AUGAACUACUCUGCGCAUGGUUGGAUCUGCCAACAGGGUGACUCAGGUGUGCGUGCAUCCUGGGACCCUGGUCACAAAGGAGCCUUAGAUAGGGGUACUCAAACGGCGGACCGCGGUCCACAAUCCGGAUCGCCAAGACGUUUUUGGCGGACCGCAACUGUCUUCUGCGUAAGUCAACAGUCGGUAAGCGUGAUUAAAAGCGGCAAUGUAAAACGAAAUUUAGAGACGAAACACGCCGAGUACUACAUUGUAAAUUAUCCACCAAAGUCAGAGCUCCAUUCGCAUAAGAUCGACGCCCGUAAGUCGUCGUUGGUAGCGAGUUCAUCGCUGAUGAUGAAAGCGACCACCACACAAUCAAAUGUUACAGAAGCUUCGCUAAGCAUUGUUUGGGUUCUUGGCAGACAUAAGAAAGCAUUUACUGAUGCAGAGGUUGUUAAAGAAUGCAUGAUGUCUGCUUCUUCGGUUCUGUUUAGCGACAAAAAGUGUGUUGAACUGAUUCAGCAGAUACCAUUAUCAGACAGUACUGCUAGUCGUCGUGCAGAUGACCUUUCUGACAAUGUUGGUGGUCAGUUAAUAUCAGAUCUUAAACAGGCUGAAUUGUUUGCUCUCGUGUGUGAUGAAUCCACUGAUAAAACUGACAUGUCUCAGCUCUGUGUGUUCACAAGAUUUUUUGAUGGCCAUAAUUUUGUUGAUGAGUUUCUGACAUUACUACCGCUAGCAAAACAGACCCGCGGUGAGGACGUGUUUUCAGCAUUAUCGCAGUUUAUGCACGCAGCUGGAUUGGAUGUAACAAAAAUGGUUUCCCUUACAACAGACGGGGCACCAGCAAUGACUAGUAAAGAUAGAGGACUUGUCACUCGUAUGAAGGCACUUCAGACCAAUCUUGUUGCGUAUCACUGCAUCAUUCAUCAGUCGGCCCUCUGUUCAAAACUUUGUGACGAACUAGCGGAAGUGAUGUCUACUCUUGUGAAAUUAGUGAAUUUUUUACGAUGUAAUUCGACUCUGCAGCAUCGUCUGUUUCGAUCUUUUCUUGAAGAGAUGUCUGCAGAAUUUGGAGAUUUGCUGCUUCACAAUGACGUUAGAUGGUUAAGCAAGGGCCGUGUGUUGGAAAGGUUCUGGAAUCUCCGUGAAGAUGUAGCUGACUUCCUGCAGUCCUUGAAUACAAAGAAAGCUGCAGAAUUUUUAACAUUUAUUCAAGACAAGGUCGCACUGCUGGCAUUUCUUGUUGAUAUUAUGGGACAUAUAAAUACACUGAAUUUGUCACUUCAGGGUGCAGACAAAACCGUUGUCGAAUUGCAAGAAAAAUGUUGUGCCUUUGAAACAAAACUGAGCGUUUUCAUCAAUGACUUGGAAGGUGGCAAGAUGCUGCAUUUCCCAAACCUGAAGAGCUGCAUGACAGCUGAUCCACCGGCAUGUUUUCAGUUGAUUUCCACAUUUCUACAUCAUUUGAAGGUCGAGUUUGAUGAACGUUUUAAGGAUUUCAGAAAACUGAAGCCUGUGUUUUUGUUUGUUGCUGAACCUUUCAUUGUCCAGCCUGACAGUGAAUGGACAUCUGUGGCUGCCUCAAUUUUUCCGAACUCAAACCCAUCACUGUUGAAAAUGGAAGCAGCUGAUUUGCAAGCUUCUCACGUUUUGAAAGCAAAAUUGAAUGAAGUCGACAUAACAAUUUUUUGGUCAAAGUUUGUUCCAGAUUCUCAUUUAUCCUGCUGCAAAGAAACUGGCGAUUUCCGUGCUCACUAUGUUUGGUUCAACAUAUUCUUGUGA